AUGAAUGCGGUGGAUGAGUUAAAUUUGCGCCUUGGCAUCGGGCCGUCGCGGCCGCGCCUGCCGAUUACGCUGCAGCGCUCUGGGUACAGCGCCGUGCGGCAGCUUGGCAAGGGCAGCUUCGGCAACGCCUAUCUCGUUUUCCACGCCGCACGCCAGCAGCUCUACGUCGUGAAGCACGUAAACAUGGCAAACAUGACCACGCGGCAGCGCAGGGACGCUCACCAGGAGAUUGUGGUGCUGCAGCAGCUUGAAUACCCGAACAUUAUCCGCUACGUGGAGUUUUGCGAGGAGCACCCGCAUCUGUACAUCGUGAUGGAGUACGCCGACGGCGGCGACGUUUACACGCACCUAAAAAAUCUCAAGAGCAGCGUUUGGGCGCUUGGCGGCGGCGGCGGCGGCCUGACGGAGGAGCAGGUGAUCAGCCUAUUCGUGCAGACAACGAUGGCGGUGAAAUACAUGCACGAUCGUCGUUUGCUGCACCGCGACAUUAAAUCGCAAAAUGUGUUUCUCACCAAAAACCACGUCGUGAAGUUGGGCGACUUUGGCAUCAGCACCGUGCUGAUGAGCACCGUUGCGAUGGCGCAGACGAUGUGCGGGACGCCGUGCUACUUCUCCCCCGAGCUCUGUGAGGGAAAACCGUACAACAACAAGUCCGACGUCUGGGCCCUCGGCGUUCUGCUCUACGAACUUUGCACCACCGGUCGGUUGCCGUUUGAGGCCACAACAAUGAACCGGCUGAUGGGCGACAUAUGCCACAAGGACCCAUGCCGCAUCCCCGCCAGCUUCUCCGACGAACUCUGGGAACUCGUGCUGUGGAUGUUGAAAAAGGACCCGCGCCAGCGCCCUGACGCGGGGCAAAUCCUCCGCUCCCCUGUGCUGCUGCGGGCGAUCCCGAACAUCAUCAAGAAGCUUAGCGCCGCAGACGGGCGCUCCGAGGAUGAGUACAGGCGCGUUCUUUCUGGCGCCGCCACGCCACCGCCGCCGAUUCGUCCCGCCAUGGAGCUGCACCCCCAGGCGCGGAAGGAGCCCGGUGCGGAGAAACCAUCGCCGUCUGGGGCUUCAGCGGAGGUCGCGGUGGCGGCGGCGGCGGCGGCGGCUGGCCGCGUUGGCCUCGCACCGAAGCGCAACGCGGAGUCUCCAUUCAGGCGUGGGAACGCCUACGAUUUGGCCAAUGAUCACCUCGGGGGCGUGUUGGGGGAGCUGGCGAAGCAGCGGCAACAGCGGCAGCUGCUGCAAAAGCAGCGCGAGGAUGAGGAGGCCCUGAAGCGGGUGUUGCCCGCGAACCAGCCAAUCCUCGGCGACGCCUUCAAGUAUAUUCCCGCCCUACUGCGGGGGAAACAAAACCACAACCAAAACGACGGUGACAAGGAUGACGCCACUGGCAAGGCCAACAACAACAAAGACGAGAAAGACUACUACAACGGCAUCAGGAACUACAAUGCUCUCGGCAGAAAUACGCCAACUAAGGAGAGGAAUGCCCCGGCCCGGGCCGCCCCUCACCCCCCGGAGGGCGGGGGUAGUGGAAACUGGAAGAAGGAGAGCCACGUCCCACCCGUGGAUGCCAACGCCGCCGGAGGACCGCAGCGGAAGCCGAUCAAUAGCCUGCCUCUGCACGAUCUUUUCCUUAUUUACGAUGAAAACAAAAAACGCAUCGUAAAUGAAAGGGAACAGCGGGGACGCGCGGUGCGGAAGCCGAUGAAUUACCAACCUGCUGGGGUUUCCCCCUACCGCGGACGACCUGCCGUUGCCGAGCACAACGCAGCUGGCGGGGAGCCAACCCCAAGCUUCCCACCAGCGUUGCCGCAUCGUCCCAUUUACGAUAACGCCACUGCUUCCCCCUCUGCAAUUCCAACGGCGGAGGAGAAGCCCAUUCCGACCCCUACCGCCGCGGCCCCACCAUUGGCUAGCCUAGAAGGGCCGCAUCAACCGCGCAGCACAACGGAAGCCAGGGACGAUGCUGAAGACAAGCAUGACAACACGCCUGCCGCGAAUGAACCCAAAGGCGAUCUGGCGCUAGUCUUGCAGGAGAUGACAAAUCAUCUCGAGUCUGUGCUUAGCAGUGUGGCUCUAACAGAUAACAACUAUGAGGCUAGCGGUGUAAAAGGGGCGCCGUGGACGAAUUCGCUUGCGGCGGCUUCGCCCUCUGCUGGCGUGGAUCGCGCAGACACCCCCCCGUGUCCGACAUCAGAGCUUAAUCUGGAUGAUGUUGGGCAGGAGUUCUCAGAUGCAAUGGGAACAACGCUCAACGUCCAGGACUUGCAGCGGCAACCGAACAAGACCCCCAUUUCUCAAGAAGAGCUUGACGGUCGUGCGGCAGGUGAGCAUGUCUCGCUGUGCAUUUCGCGUUACGAUGCGGUGUGGCCUCCGCGUGGUGCCCCGGCGGCACCAGCCCGAAUUGCCGGACCACUUUCUGACAGGGGCUCAGCGAAACCGGGGGAGUCGCCUUCCACUCCAGAUGACGGCGCGGCCCAGGGAGCGGAAGCAGCACCAGCUGCGACGGCGGGGGAAGAAGAAAGGGAGGAGGCACCUUUAUUCACCGGUGGAUGUCUUUGCGAUGGGGUUCGCUUCACUGGCCUAGCCUCCACCAUCUUUGGCAGUUUUGUGUGCAACUGCGUGGUGUGCUCAAGGUUCUCUGGGGCGAUGAUGGGGGUGGAAUGGCUGCACCUACCGGAUGUGCCAUUUGAGGGCCUCUUCGCCGAGGCAUCGCCGGCAGCCACAUCGGUGUCUCCGCCCCCGCUACGGCCCACAAUGACGCCAACGGAGGAGGUUCCCGCUGGGGCCGGCAAAUCCGCCGCCCAGGCACUCGCAAAGCCCAUCUCACCAUCCGCCCGGAAGCAGGACGCGGUGACAGGCUCCAAUGCAGACUCCGCUGAAGCAGGAGGGAACGACAACGCCGGAAAGGUGCGACUCCCAGAGCUCUUGAAGAAGUUCACCCUGGAGGUGCCGAUGGUAGAUGACGAGGGUGUCGAUGGAACGGGGGUGUAUGUGGUGUACUUCUGCGGCCGCUGCGGCUCCACCAUUGGAAUGGAUCAUGGCGAUAUUGCUGGUGGCAUUAUCGCCAAGGCGGUGCUUUCAGACGCAAGCUUGGCCACGCUGGAGUCCUUCCAACAGACGAUGCCGCCUGGCACAGAUGAGGCGCACAUCCCAAGAAAAGAUUAG